AUGCAUUCCAAUAAUAAAAAUACUUCACCUCGAGACCUCAACCUUCCUGACACUUCAAAGAAAAGAACUAGCAGUGCCGCUCUUACACCUCCUCACAAUAGCAAAAAUAGAUUCUCUCCACUUUUAAAUCUACAAGACACCGGUGAAACGAACAAUACCACAGAAAACGACAGUACUCAGCAACCACAGGUCAGACCUAAAAUUCCACCUAUAUAUGUUUAUAAUAUUUCCGAUUACGAAAACUUUCAUACUUCUUUAGAUAAUAUAACAUUUGACAAUUUCUCCAUUGUUUGA